UCGCGAGAUCCGGGCAACUGAGCGCUCGGGGCCUUUUCAAAUCGGGAUCCGUUACCGCUUUGCCGGCCGCCGCCAUUGUCGCGCUCGGAGCCCCUCAGCGCAGGCGGCGGAGGCGGAGGCCGUGGCGGCGGGAUGGCUGACGCCGACAAGCCCGAGGUGCUUAGGGCCGCUGGCGACGACAGCCCGCAUCGGCAGCCCUCGGAGCCGCCGGGCGAGCCCCGGCGAGAACCUCACCCGCCCGAGCAGGAGAAGCAGCCUCCGCAGCACAGCAGCAGCUCCAAUGGCGUUAAAAUGGAGAAUGAUGAAUCAGUCAAAGAAGAGAAAUCUGAAUUAAAAGAAAAAUCUACAGGGAAUAAGAAGGCCAAUAGAUUCCAUCCUUAUUCAAAAGAUAAGAAUUCAGGCACUGGAGAAAAGAAGGGUCCAAAUCGUAACAGAGUUUUUAUUAGCAACAUCCCAUAUGACAUGAAAUGGCAAGCUAUUAAAGAUCUAAUGAGAGAAAAAGUUGGUGAGGUUACAUACGUGGAGCUCUUUAAGGAUGCGGAAGGAAAAUCAAGGGGUUGUGGUGUGGUUGAAUUUAAAGAUGAAGAAUUUGUCAAGAAAGCACUAGAGACAAUGAACAAAUAUGAUCUUAGUGGAAGACCGUUGAAUAUUAAGGAGGAUCCUGAUGGAGAAAAUGCUCGUAGGGCAUUGCAACGAACAGGAGGAUCAUUUCCAGGAGGACAUGUACCCGAUAUGGGAUCGGGAUUGAUGAAUUUACCACCUUCCAUUCUCAAUAAUCCAAACAUUCCUCCUGAGGUUAUCAGUAAUUUGCAGGCUGGUAGACUUGGUUCCACAAUUUUUGUUGCUAAUCUUGACUUCAAAGUUGGUUGGAAGAAGCUAAAGGAAGUGUUCAGCAUAGCUGGAACUGUAAAGCGGGCAGAUAUUAAAGAAGACAAAGAUGGCAAGAGCAGAGGAAUGGGCACAGUCACUUUUGAACAAGCAAUUGAAGCAGUUCAAGCAAUUUCUAUGUUCAAUGGGCAGUUUUUGUUUGAUAGACCUAUGCAUGUGAAAAUGGAUGACAAGUCUGUCCCUCAUGAAGACUACCGUUCACACGACAGUAAAGCGCCACAGUUGCCACGUGGUCUUGGAGGCAUUGGAAUGGGACUUGGUCCAGGUGGACAACCUAUUAGUGCCAGCCAGUUGAACAUAGGUGGUGUAAUGGGAAAUUUAGGUCCAAGUGGUAUGGGAAUGGAUGGUCCAGGUUUUGGAGGAAUGAAUAGACUUGGAGGAGGAAUUGGGUUUGGUGGUCUGGAAGCAAUGAAUAGCAUGGGAGGAUUUGGAGGAGUUGGUCGAAUGGGAGAGCUAUACCGUGGUGCGAUGACUAGUAGCAUGGAGAGAGAUUUUGGACGUGGUGAUAUUGGAAUAAAUCGAGGCUUUGGAGAUUCCUUUGGUAGACUUGGCAGUGCAAUGAUUGGAGGGUUUGCAGGAAGAAUAGGAGCUUCUAACAUGGGUCCAAUAGGAUCUGGAAUAAGUGGUGGAAUGGGUGGCAUGAACAGUGUGACUGGAGGAAUGGGGAUGGGACUGGAUCGGAUGAGUUCCAGCUUUGAUAGAAUGGGACCAGGUAUAGGAGCUAUACUGGAGAGAAGCAUCGAUAUGGAUCGAGGAUUUUUAUCGGGUCCGAUGGGAAGCGGAAUGAGAGACAGAAUAGGCUCCAAAGGCAACCAGAUAUUUGUCAGAAAUCUGCCUUUUGACUUGACUUGGCAGAAACUAAAAGAGAAAUUCAGUCAGUGUGGUCAUGUAAUGUUUGCAGAAAUAAAAAUGGAGAAUGGAAAGUCAAAAGGCUGUGGAACGGUCAGAUUUGACUCCCCAGAAUCAGCUGAAAAAGCCUGCAGAAUAAUGAAUGGCAUAAAAAUCAGUGGCAGAGAAAUUGAUGUUCGCUUGGAUCGUAAUGCAUAAUUUGAAACCACGGUUGGAACAUUCUUACAUCUGUUUUGCUGAAUCUCCUAGUAAACAUCAUUUUUUAAAAGUAAUACUGUCUGCUUACAAAAAGUUGUAAAAAUGAACUUCUAAAACUCCCACCAGUUUUUUAACAGUAUAGUGUUAAAUAUACUGUGUGAUUUUUGUUAAUCUCAAGUUUGGGUUUUUAAGACAGCAAGUCUGGUCAUUCAGUUUAAAUGAAUGGUUAUACUAUUUUUAAUGAAGUAAGCCAUUUUCUUGUUAUUUUCAGUUCUGCAUAGUGGGAUUUGUUUGCUAAAAGUGUCCCCAGCUUUUAUCAACUUAUUGUAAGGUAAAGCAUAGAUGGUUUUUUCCAAAACUUCUGUUUAAUAUAUGUAAUUGUCCUUGAAAAGAAAGGGCUCAGACAAAUUAAGAUAUGAUUUUGAUUGGCUUUAAAUUACUUUUGUUGGUGAUAAAAAACUACUGUAAGUAAGUUUUAGAUUCUGAAGUUCAGAAUAUUUUUUAUUUGAGUUAAAUGAAGAAAUGGAGGUUUUCUUCUCUGCCCUUCCCCAUCAUUCACAUUUUCCACAUAACACUGUUAACGUUAAUCACCACAGCCCCUUAUUUUAUUGUUUCCAAUAAUUCCAAGUUCAUAUAGAACUGAUAAUGUUGUAAGCCCCAGGUACAGUAACAGACAGACUACUCCCAACUUUCUGUCUAGUUUCCAGCCAUUGAGGUGAACUGCUAAGAAAAGGAAAACAAUUGAAAUGUUGAGAAAGAUGGUUAUGUAAGUUAGUCCUCUACUGUUCACUUCUACAGGAGCAGAUGGAUUUAUAAAUGCAGUUUUAAUAAACCAUGGAACACCUAGGCAUAGCAUAUCAAAGACAUUGGAUCCCACGAUGUUAGACAUAGCCAUAUCUCCUUUGCCUGCAAAAAAAAGCAUGUUGUUAAAUGUGCAUACCAAUACUGUAUUUUAUUAAUAAGCUUCAUAAGAAAAAACACUGGAUACUUUUUCUGUUUGUUUUGGAAAAUUGUAUUAGAGCAAAAGUCUUACUGAAUUUGUAUUUUUAAAUUUUAGGGGGUUAGUAUUUAAAGUCUUAACAUUUAUUUAUCUAAUAAUAAUUAUCCUUAUUUAUUAAACCAUUUUUCAAUAAGGUAUAUAGAUUACUUGUUGCUUUUCAUUCUAACAUGGUUAAUUACGAUUUAAUUCACAUUUCAGGUGAAUAUUAUUUAGGGGAUUAGAUUUAGUGAAAUUAAUUAAACAGUAAAUGCUUCCUCUUGAGUUCUUUUUUCUUCAAAGUAUGUUACUGAGGAAAUAUUUUAAAGGUAUCUUUGCUCAGUGUAUUUCAGUCAGGCUUUUAAGAAUGGGCACUGCAGCUUGAGGGACCCAGUUCUUACCUUUUCUUGCAACCAACACACUUGCGAUCGUGUCUGGUAUGCUUGUUCCUGCUGCUAAUAAAGUAAGGCCCAUUACUGUAUCUGGAAUUUCUAAUGUUUCCCCUGUAACAAACAUAGAUAUUAUAUAUUACAAAUCUUAUAGAUUCACUAACUGUUCUCUGCAGAUAUUUCUUUCCUGAAAAAGAAAAUAGACAUAUUUAGAUUUCAGAACCAAUAUGUACUUAGAUUUUAGGUAGCAAAAUAUUUGAAUAAUAUUGGUGAAUUGGUAACCAAGGUAGCACAGAUUUUUCAUGAUAGAUGGUGAUAUUUAAUACACAAAAUUCUACCAAGGAAUAAUUUACCUAUGUGGUAUGCUUAUAGAAGUUUUGGAUGUCCACUGUUAUUAAGGCUGUUGCUUAAAAUAUGCCAAUAAGAUUGGUCAUUUUCUCUUCACCUUUUUAAAAACAUUUCCUAAAAAGGUCAGAUUUAAGCAUAUUAUAGCUAUUUUUAGGCUGUAAAUGUGUUAACAUGGUAUGCAUUUUUAAAGUUCUACUUUAGUGAUAUACCUUAGUUUAGGUGUUUCCUUUGGGAAAUCAUAAAUCUGAGGAAAACAGAAUAGGCUUCUACUUGAGUCUUUCUAACUUUGUGGUCCCGCUUUAAAACCUCUGUUAAAUCUGAUGGCAGUUCAUCAUUUUUCAUAAAUGUAUCCAUUUUGGGAAACAGAACUAGAAUGUAACUGCUCUUUAUAUUGUAAUUGAAAACUUGCUUUACAAUUCUUUUUUUUUCUUCUUAAAAUGUUAAUUAAAAAAACUUCAAGUAGCAUAUUUAUUGCAUGCUUCUAUAUUGCUAAUGGAACUGUAAUUGGUUGUUAAUUUGUUACUGGUUUGCCAGAGUUCAUAUGUACAUAAAUAACACUAACAUUUAUCAUC